AUGUGCACAGGCUGCCAUGAGGAGAGAUGUACCAGCAUCAGUGGAGGAAGAUGGUAUGGUAAAAGAGUGGAUCUUCCUUCAUGGCUGUGCAUCUCACUCUUGUUCUUGGCUCUGUGGGGCCAAGCCUCCCCAGAGUGCCCGGACAGCUGCCAUUGUGCCUGGGAUACGGCCACGGUGCUGUGCUCAGAUGCAGGGUUGCGGGAGAUCCCAGAGGGGAUACCCCCAGAAACAGUCUCCCUCCACCUGGAGCGCAACUACAUCCGGAACAUCCCAGAGAGAGCCUUCAGUGAUCUUGUCCACCUGCGGGACCUGUACCUGUCCCACAAUCGCAUUGACUCGCUGUCGUCGGGGGCCCUGCGGCACCUGGGACCUGAGCUGCGUCUGUUGGACCUCUCACAUAACCAGCUAAGGAAGGCCAGCAGGGAGGAGUUUGGCUCCACUCGUGCAAAGACACGACUCUACCACAACCCGUGGCACUGUGACUGCGCCUUGCAGGAGCUGAUGGAGACUCUGAACCUGGAGCCUGAGACAGUGAACGGGAUCAUUUGUGAGAGCUCUGUGAGAGGGGUGGGAGAGGGCAGCAGGUGGGAGGACCCGGGGUCACAGGGCGAGCAUGCAGGUCAACCACUGGUUAAACUCCUGGAUUCUGGGGUGAAUUUCUGCAGCUUGCAGAGGAAAACCACUGAUGUGGCCAUGCUGGUGACAAUGUUUGUGUGGUUCUUCAUGGUUAUUGUGUAUGUAGUGUACUAUGUGAGGCAGAACCAAGCUGAGGCACGCAGGCAUUUGGAGUACUUGAAGAGUCUACCCAGCCCACGUAAGACCCCUACAGAGACAGACACUCUAAGCACUGGUUUCUGA